GCUUCCCCAGCGCUAGUAGCCGCUGACUAACCUCAGCGCUGAAUUCAUUCCGUAGGCUUUAUGUAGAGACGUAAACAUGUCUGCAAUGGGAGGCAGUACGAGAGGGUUUUAUUUCAAUACAGUGCUGUCUCUGGCCCGCUCCUUAGCCGCCCACAGACCCGCCCCGGCUGAAAAGGUCCAGAAGCUGCAAUGCAUGUGUCCAGUGGAUGUCCGUGGUGUGUUCACUUUAGAUGUGCGACGCAGAGAUGCGGUUAUUGCGCUUGCUGUGUUUUUGGUGGAGUCGGGCCUGCAGCACAAAGACACACUUGUUCCCUACUUGCUGAGUCUAUUGAAAGGCCUGCCACGAGUCCAGUGGAUCGAAGAAGGGUUGGGAAAGAAAGAGAAGGAUUUUCUUCCAGUUGCAGAAAACUUCAGUUUUUGUCUAGUGACACUUUUAUCAGAUGUGGCUCAGAGAGACCCAGGUUCCCGGCUUGAGAUCCUGAACACCAUACUGGAAGUCAUGCAGGCUUUUCAGGAUAUGGUUCAAACCCCAGAUAAUCACGACAAAGUUUUCUUGUGCCGAUACAUUGUUCCGGGUCUGCUCGGUAUGGCUCGAGCAUUCGGACGCUACAGCAACACAGAAGAAGCCCUGCUGUCCAAGCUGUUCCCCAAAGACUCGCCUCAGAUCCGCUGCGUAACAGAGGAAAAAGAAGGCGUGCGGCGUAGAUCCUUCAAUGACUUUCGCUCUAUAAUGCCAUCUUCGUUGCUCACAGCUGUUCAGAGUGACACUCUGCGCAGGCGAAUGGCGAACAACCUGGAUUCCUCUGCACAGAUCCCUACAGACCCAGCAGGCCACUCACCCUGCUCUCCCACAGCGCCUGGCCCACAUUAUUUUGAAGGUGCCUAUCUUCCCGACAGCAGCUCAGUAGACCCAGAUUACUAUUUCUCAACGAUCAGCUCCAGUUUUUCAAUGUCUCCUCUCUUCCUGGGUGCCAGUGAAAAUGAGGUUGAGGUGCCCAUUGAUCUGCUUCGACAGCUACUCAGCAUGGUGAAAAAGUUUGUUUCAGACUCCUUCUUGAAAACUCUGGAUGCCACUUUGACAGCAGUUAUCGAGUCUAACCCUGGGAUCAGCCUCCAUUACAAAACCUUCAGUGACCCUUUGUAUGUGUGUGUGUUCAAAAUGCUGCGAGACACACUGUAUAACAUGAAAGCCUUGCAGCCCGUGUUUGUGAGGGAAGUACAUGACUUUGUCCUGGAGCAAUUCAGCAGCAGCCAGUCGGAGCUGCAACGAGUGCUUCAUGAUACAGGCGGGUUGCCCAGCGAACAGAGCCCUCUCAAACUCCGUUGCCAAGCCAACGCUGCCUGCGUGGACCUCAUGGUGUGGGCCGUCAAAGAUGAGCAAGGAGCUGAGAAUUUGUGCACAAAGCUGUCAGAAAAGCUUCAGUCAAAAACAUCUAGUAAAGUUAUCAUUGCUCAUAUGCCCCUGCUCAUUUGUUGCUUGCAGGGCCUAGGGCGUCUGUGUGAGAGGUUUCCUGUUGUAGCUCACUCUGCAACAACUUCUCUAAGGGAUUUUUUGGUUGUUCCGUCCCCGGUUCUUAUUAAACUCUACAAAUAUCAUAGCCAAUGCAGCGCAGGAACGGGUGAAAUUAGGAUAAAUGUGACGAAUGAGCAUUCUCAGUCAACUAUCAACAUGCUAACAAACAAAAAGGACCAGCCCUCCAUGUAUGAGCAGCUUAGAGACAUUUCCAUCGACAACAUUUGCAGAUGUCUCAAAGCUGGUUUAACAAUGGACCAAGUGAUCGUAGAGGCCUUUUUAGCUAGUCUCUCCAACCGUCUGUACAUUUCACAGGAGAAUGAAAAGGACGCUCAUCUAAUUCCAGAUCACACCAUUCGAGCACUGGGUCAUAUUGCUGUCGCUCUGAGAGACACUCCUAAAGUUAUGGAGCACAUCUUACAAAUCCUUCAGCAAAAGUUCUGCCAGCCUCCAUCACAGCUGGAUGUGCUCAUUAUAGACCAGUUGGGCUGCAUGGUUAUCACAGGAAAUCAAUACAUCUACCAGGAGGUUUGGAAUCUGUUUCAGCAGAUCAGCGUGAAGGCCAGUUCUGUGGUUUACUCUGCUACCAAAGACUACAGAGAUCAUGGUUACAGGCAUUGCUCUCUGGCUGUGAUCAAUGCUUUGGCAAACAUUGCAGCCAACCUCCAGGGGGAGCAGCUGGUGGACGAGCUGCUGGUCAACCUUCUAGAACUUUUUGUCCAGCUGGGACUGGAAGGCAAAAGAGCGAGUGAGAGGGCCUCUGACAAGGGAACAGCCCUGAAGGCAUCAAGCAGUGCUGGAAACCUUGGAGUUCUUAUUCCAGUUAUUGCCGUGUUAACCAGGAGACUUCCAGCAAUCAAAGAAGCCAAACCUCGUCUCCAGAAGCUGUUCAGGGACUUUUGGUUGUACUCUGUGGUCAUGGGUUUUGCCGUUGAAGGAUCAGGGUUAUGGCCAGAGGAGUGGUACGAGGGCGUAUGUGAAAUUGCCACCAAAUCUCCUCUCCUCACCUUUCCAAGCGGAGAGCCUCUUCGUUCUGAGCUGCAGUACAACUCGGCUCUGAAAAAUGACACAGUGACACCGGCUGAGUUGAGUGAACUGCGGUCAACAAUCAGCAAUCUGCUUGACCCUUCUCCUGAAGGAUCUGCUCUCAUUAACAAGCUAGACUUUGCUAUGUCCACCUACCUGCUGUCUGUCUACCGAUUAGAAUACAUGAGGAUGCUGCGAUCAAAUGAUGCCGACAGGUUUCAGGUCAUGUUUCGGUACUUUGAAGACAAAGCCAUCCAAAAAGAUAAAUCUGGAAUGAUGCAGUGCAUCAUUUGUGUCGGUGACAAGGUGUUUGAUGUCUUCCUCCAGAUGAUGGCUGAAAAGCCGAAAACUAAAGAACACGAAGAGGAGCUGGAACGACAUGCUCAGUUCUUAUUGGUCAACUUCAACCACACUCACAAACGAAUCCGCAGGGUGGCUGACAAAUACCUCUCUGGUUUGGCUGAAACAUUCCCCCAUCUUCUGUGGAGUGGUCGAGUGCUGAAGACCAUGUUGGAUAUUUUGCAAACACUCUCUCUGUCUUUAAGCGCUGACAUACACAAGGAUCAACCGUACUAUGAUAUUCCAGACACACCGUACAGGAUCACUGUUCCAGACACAUAUGAAGCUCGAGAGAGCAUAGUUAAGGACUUUGCAGCACGUUGUGGUGAGAUUUUAAAAGAAGCAAUGAAAUGGGCCCCAUCAGUCACAAAAUCCCACCUACAGGAAUACCUGAACAAACAUCAGAUCUGGGUGUCAGGACUCUCUCAGCAUACUGGCCUUGCCAUGGCCACAGAAAGCAUUUUGCACUUUGCAGGCUACAACAGGCAGAGCACUACACUUGGUGCUGCUUUUCCACAGACCACUCAGCUGACGGAGAGACCGGCAUGUGUGAAGAAAGAUUACUCCAACUUCAUGGCAUCACUUAACUUAAGGAACCGUUACACCGGAGAGGUGGCUGGUAUGAUCCAGUUUUCAGAGGCAACACACAGCCACUCUGAUCUUAGCAAGAUGAUGAUCAGUCAAAUGACCAGCGCUCUAGAAAGAAAAGACCCGGAAGCAUUCACUCAAGUCAUGUUCAAAAUGGCGGCUUUGCUUAUAAAUACAAAAAACUGCGACCCCCAGCUGCUGCACCAUCUGUGCUGGUCUCCACUGAAGAUGUUUUCAGAGCAUGGGAUGGAAACGGCCAUUGCCUGCUGGGAAUGGCUCCUUGCUGCACAUAAUGGAGUGGAAGUUCCAUUCAUGCGUGAGAUGGCAGGGGCUUGGCAGAUGACCAUGGAGCUGAAGAUGGGUUUGUUUUCAGAAACUCAAGUCGAGGCCAGACCCCUGGCUGUGUCAGAGGAAAGCCAGCCAACACCCUGCGCUCCAGAUGUCAUCCCUCACUUCCUCUGGAUAGAGUUCUUGGUGCAGAGGUUUGAGAUUGCCAAGUACAGUAGCGUGGACCAGGUGGAGAUCUUCAUUUCAAUUUUGCAGAGAUCUCUUUCUCUGAGUGUCGGAGGAUCCAAAAGCAGCCUGAACCGACAUGUUGCUGCGAUUGGCCCAAGAUUCAGACUGCUGACUCUUGGUUUAACUCUGCUGCAUGCUGAUGUUGUGACCAACACCACCAUCAGAAAUGUGCUGCGAGAGAAGAUCUACUCUACAGCGUUUGACUUCUUUAGUGUCGCUCCCAAAUUUCCCACUCAGACAGAUAAGAGACUCAGAGAAGACAUCAGCAUAAUCAUAAAGUUUUAUGCCUGCCUGCAGUCUGACAAGAAGUACCUCACUGCUACCCAGCUGGUCCCCCCAGAUCCCCAGGACAUGUCGGUGAACAGUCUGUCUGUAAUGGCAGUUGCAGACAGCAGGAGCAGUCUGGACAUCGCUGUCGGCCAGAGGCAGCAGAUUCCUCAGGGGUGGAUCAACACCUACCCUCUGUCCUCUGGGAUGUCAACUAUUUCCAAGAAGUCAGGGCUCUCUAAGAAAAGCAACCGAGGUUCACAGCUGCACAAAUAUUACAUGAAAAGACGGACUCUGUUACUGGCUUUACUGGCCAGUGAGAUUGAGCGGCUGACAAUAUGGUACAACCCGUUAUCCACUCAGGAGCUCGCUAUAGCAACAGAGCAGUCAGUGGAAACCAGCAUCGCCAACUGGAGGUCCAAAUAUAUCAGUCUGACAGAAAAGCAGUGGAAAGAUAACGUCAACCUGGCCUGGAGUAUAUCUCCUUACCUGGCUCUGCAGCUGCCUGCAAGAUUUAAGAACUCAGAGUCUAUUGUGUCUGAAGUGACACGUCUGGUACGAAUGGAUCCAGCUGCUGUCUGCGAUGUUCCUGAAGCAGUAAAGUUCUUGGUGACUUGGCACACAAUUGAUGCAGACUCUCCAGAACUCAGUCACAUCCUCUGCUGGGCCCCAGCAGAUCCACCAACUGGACUGUCCUACUUCUCCUCCAUGUAUCCUCCCCACCCCCUCACAGCUCAGUAUGGGGUCAAAGUUCUGCGCUCCUUUCCUCCUGAUGCCAUUUUAUUCUACAUCCCUCAAAUUGUCCAAGCCCUUCGCUACGAUAAGAUGGGUUAUGUGAGAGAGUACAUCCUCUGGGCCGCUCAGAAAUCUCAACUGUUGGCUCACCAGUUCAUCUGGAACAUGAAGACCAACAUUUACCUGGAUGAGGAGGGACACCAGAAAGACCCUGACAUCGGGGAGUUGUUGGAACAGAUGGUGGAGGAGAUUACUGGAUCGCUCUCUGGCCCAGCAAAAGACUUUUACCAAAGAGAGUUUGAGUUCUUCAACGAGAUCACCAAUGUUUCUGCCAUUAUCAAGCCUAUUCCUAAAGGGGAGGGACGGAAAAAGGCUUGUCUGGAAGCCUUGGCUCAGAUUAAAGUCCAAUGUGGGUGCUAUCUUCCCAGUAACCCUGAGGCCAUAGUUUUGGAUAUAGACUAUAAGUCUGGUACUCCCAUGCAGAGUGCUGCCAAAGCCCCAUACUUGGCCAAGUUCAAAGUUAGAAGAUGUGGAGUGAGUGAGCUAGAAAAAGAAGGACUUCAGUCCCAUUCAGAUUCUGUGGAUGAGAUGAAUGGUGAGGAAGAGGCCAGGAGAAUCUGCUGGCAAGCAGCUAUCUUCAAAGUUGGAGAUGACUGCAGACAGGACAUGUUGGCUUUGCAGAUAAUCAGCCUGUUCAAGAACAUUUUCCAGCUGGGAGGGCUGGAUCUCUAUGUUUUUCCCUACAGAGUGGUGGCCACAGCUCCUGGAUGUGGAGUGAUUGAGUGCAUCCCAGACUGCAAGUCUCGGGACCAACUGGGUCGGCAGACUGACUUCGGGAUGUAUGAUUACUUCAGGAACCAGUAUGGAGAUGAAUCCACGCUUGCUUUUCAGAAGGCACGGUAUAACUUCAUUCGCAGUAUGGCAGCUUACAGCUUGCUGCUCUUCUUGCUGCAGAUAAAAGACAGACACAACGGAAACAUUAUGCUGGACAGCCAGGGCCACCUCAUUCACAUCGACUUUGGGUUCAUGUUUGAAAGCUCUCCUGGGGGAAAUCUGGGCUGGGAGCCAGAUAUCAAGCUCACAGAUGAAAUGGUGAUGAUCAUGGGUGGGAAGAUGGAGGCGACGCCUUUCAAGUGGUUCAUGGAAAUGUGUGUGAGGGGAUACCUUGCUGUGAGGCCCUACAUGGAUGCAGUUGUCUCUCUGGUAAAUCUCAUGCUGGACACAGGUCUUCCCUGCUUCAGAGGGCAAACCAUCAAACUACUCAAGCAGCGAUUCAACCCUGGGCUGAGCGAGAAAGAUGCAGCUUCCUUCAUCAUUAAAGUCAUCCAGAACUGCUUCCUCAGCAACAGGAGCCGAACAUACGAUAUGCUCCAGUACUACCAAAACCAGAUCCCAUACUAAACAUCUGUGCCUGAGCAUGUGCAUCUGUUGGCUGGUACAUAAUGUUUGUGCCUUCAUUGCAUUCCUCUUUUGGAGAUUGUGUAAAUUAAAUUGUUUUGAUGAUAAUCAGUUAUAUUUGCUUUUGCAUCCUUUAUUUAUUAUGCUAUGUUGAAAUCAAUGUUAGCCCUAAUUAUUGUAUGGUUGCACUAGAAUUUGACUUCUCUGUAUUUGACGGGUAUCUCUCGUUAUUCUGCUCGUUCAGUACACACUUCAUUGGAGUUUGUGCCAUUAUUUUAAAUGCGAUAUUUGUGAAUGUUGCUUUUGUUAAUUUUUUUUGGGGGGGGGGGGGUUAUGGAAUUUGAAGUGGAUGUUUUAUGGUAGCAGAAGUAAAUUUGUAUCAGUUCUGACCAAUGUGGCCUAUUAUGUCAUCCUGUGCUUGACUGUACUACUGUGCUUCUCUUUGAAUGGACCAGUCGGAGUAAUUUGACCCGUGCCAUGUGUUUAACAGGAAGACUUGAUCAUUUAUGCAUGGGUGUCACUCUGUAUUUUUUCAUAUUUCCUCUUCCAAUGGGUGAUAUGAUGCGCACAAAGUCUGGAAACUUUGAGACUGACUUGAACAUAUUUAGCCUUGCCAAAGGGUGGGUGGGGAGUUUGCUGCACUAAAUCACAGUUUCCUAUUGUCUGGGUUCAAUUUAGGUACAAUUUUAAUGUUGACCAGUUGCAUGAGGUUAAGUUUUAGUUACCAUUUGGCUUGUAUCCAAUGUCGCUUCUGGGAAAUUGUGCUAAAAUAAUAUAAAAGGCGUUGCCUCAUGCCAAUAUGGUUAAAUGAUGAUCAGUGAUUUUAACUGGCUGUAAAAAUGUACUUUCUCUUUGUAUAUUUGUAUUCAUUACCCAUUUCUGUCUCCUUUUCUAUUUUCAUUCAUUUUGAAUGAGAAUGCAGGUGAAAUCAAAUAAAGCUCUAUUAACUUAAACAAGAAAUAAA